AUGACAACUAAAAUUUAUCCAGCUCUUACAGAAAUUGCCAAUGUUGUCCAGGAAACUGUAUACUCUCUGGGGAGUUAUCCUGAAAAUGACAGCAUAAGUUUUAUAAACUCGAUGCGAGAAAUCAUCUAUAAGGGCAUAUAUACAAGAUAUGGCAAAAAGCUUCCAAAGGAAUUACGAUGGCCCGAAAAAUUGCCGCCGAUUGAGGCUCUAGAGCAGCCAAUCUCAACGAAAAAUCCAUCGACAGUAGAGCCUCUAGCUCAAGACAAUACAUCGAUAGCCAAUACAGCUGAAGAUAAUGUAUCAACGACAGCCGAUAAUACAGCUGAAGACAAUACAUCAACGACAGCUAAUACAGCUGAAGACGACGUAUCAACGAUAGCCGAUAGAGCUGAAGAUAAUGCAUCAACGACAGCCGAUAAUACAGCUGAAGAUAAUACAUCAACGACAGCUAAUACAGCUGAAGACGACGUAUCAAUGAUAGCCGAUAGAGCUGAAGAUAAUGCAUCAACGACAGCUAAUACAGCUGAAGACGACGUAUCAACGACAGCCGAUACAGCUGAAGACGACGUAUCAACAAUAGCCGAUACAGCUGAAGAUAAUAUAUCAAUAACAGCCGAUAUAGUUAAAAAUAAUACAUUAACAGCCAAUACAGCUAAAGACAAUGCAUCAACAACAGCUGAUAAUACAGCUGAAGACAAUGCAUCAACAACAGCUGAUAAUACAGCUGAAGACAAUACAUCAACAACAGCCGAUAAUACAGCUCAGGACGAUGAAGCAGCGACACAAGAAGCAAUGGUACGGGAGCUCAUGGAUCAGGCUGCAGAUUUUAAAUUAUGGACCGAGAACCCGUCCUCAUUCUGGAACCUUUCAAUAGAACCGUUAACACUCCAAGAGCCAACUCUUAUUGGACGACAAAGAACUUUCUGUUUGAAGGUUACAGAAGAGUCUCCAGAAGCAACGAUUCUAAGUUAUAUCAGUGCACUUGAUUCUAUUGUAAUGUACGAUAUAUUUAAACAAAUCUGCCCAUCUGCGAAUUAUAUUUCACCUUACUACAUCCAAGAAUUUCUUCAGCAUCUCGGCAUACCAAUACAGGAAGGGACGGAAGAAAAAUUUCACCGAGUUCUUUUCGGUGGGCGAAGACGUAUGGAGUUCUGCCGCGUUCUGAGCGAGGGAAAAGAGAAACUUGAUGUUAAUUUCGAACGUUUCAAGUAUGGCAGUCAGAUGCUGACUCUCAAUCGCCGGAUGUGGUGGCAAAAAGGUACACAUUAUCAAAAACAAUAUCAAAAGACCCUCGACGGAUUGAAAAUGCCGAAAAUUCUUGAGGCGAUGGAGACAACUGGAGCUAACCUUGCGACACAAAUUCUUCUUCAGUUUCGCCAGGAAUGUAUUCAGAAUGCGCCAACACUUUCCGAUAAGAACGAUAUUAAUAGUACAGUAGCGUCCAAACGCUCGUGUACAGAAGCCGGUUUGGAUGGAUCGGUAGCGUCAAAACGUUUCUGCGCAGUAUCCGAUUUAGCUGCUCUCAUAGCUGCUGCGACAACGCAUCAAUACGCAAAUACUGUCGAGGCAGCUGACGACUCUAAUCAACAUAUUAUGCAACUGAACAACGCGCUUUCUCUGAACCCUGAAACUAAUAACACGGUUCCUACGGAGACCUAUUGUACUCCGAAUAUGGCACCUCAAACUCAGAAUUUGGUAGACACACAAGACGGUAACCUUGGCGAUAUUAAUAUUUUCAGUAAUGCGGUUUUGCCAGAAAACGAGGCUGAUUUAAACUUCUGCAAUUGGGGAUUUCCGCCUUAUUUAAACUCCAGCAAUUGGGAACUUCCGCAACAAGAACUUCCACCAGAAGACGAGGCUGAUUUAAACUUCUGCAAUUGGGGAUUUCCGCCUUAUUUAAACUCCAAAAAUUGGGAACUUCCGCAACAAGAACUUCCACCAGAAGAUGAGGCUGAUUUAAACUUCUGCAGUUGGGGAUUUCCGCCUGAUUUAGACUCUAGCAAUUAG